AUGGCAGACGAAAAGGUCGUCGAGACGGUGGACAAAACUCACGUUGUGAUAUGUGGCGGCGGCCCGACAGGCGUCGUUCUGUCAGCGUUGUUGCAUCAACAGGGCGUGCCAAACAUAGUCCUGGAGCGUGAGACAGAUAUCACCACCGAUCCCCGUGGGAUCGCACUGGACGAGGAUGGAAUACGUGUUCUACAAGCUGUCGGUGUAUAUGACAAGAUCUAUACUGACAUUGGAACAUGCAUGGGCGAGUUCCACUUCAUUACAGGACGACAGUCAACAUUACACAAGAGGCCGAUGCUAAAGAUAGAUUAUAGCACGACAGAAGGGGGUACCGGCCAUGUAGGAUUCAUCUGCCACAAGCAGCCGGCUCUUGAGAAAGCCAUUCGAGACGUCUUAAGGGGCAGUUCUUAUUCAGACUUCCGGACAAGGGCUACAGUGGUGAACGUUGAGGAGAUCGUCGAUGAAACUUCAGAAGAAUCGUCGCACGUUCUGGUUACAUAUGAAGACCUGGCUUCGGUCCAGAGAUCCAUCAAAGCACGGUUCUUGGUGGGUGCAGAUGGUAAGACAGGGUAUGUUAGGAAGAAAUAUCUCGAACAGAGAAGAGUGCGAAUGGACAGGUGCGAGGGGACCUAUUAUGAAGAGACCUGGGUCGCGUUGAAUUGGAAGAUAGUCCUGCCGACCCGGGAUACACACCCGGACUUCCCUCUCUGGGCUCUUGGAUAUUCACCAGAGGAUGUUUACGACCUUUUCUUUCCGACUCAAUUCCGGUUUCUGUGCAACCCAAACAGGGCAGCUGUCUGUGGACGGUUCGGGCCCCCAGAAGAUCGACUGUGGCGCUUCGAGUUUGCAGUCCACGAAGGCGAAGACCCUACCAAGAUGGCUUCCUACCAACAGACCUCGAGGAUUAUCAAGCCUUACAUAACGCAUUCAGGCAGUCGCUAUGGGUUAGCAGGGCCGGUCAGCUACCCUGAAGACUGCAUCACGACGCUUCGAUCACGGGCGUUUGGUUUCUCAGCGCGAAGCUGCAACGUCUGGGCUUCCGGUCGCGUGAUCGUCGCUGGAGAUGCCGCCCAUGUGUUUCCUCCAUUCGGCGGGCAAGGCAUCACCUCCGGGUUUCGCGACUCCCUUGGUCUCGCGUGGAGACUGGCUCUACUGUAUCGUCAACCAAGACAUGACCACACAAGACUCCUGAGAGGCUGGUAUGUGGAACGCAAACAACAGCUGGAUGCGUCUUUGGCAGCUACUAUUCGCAACGGCGAGUAUGUGACAGAAAGCAACCCUGUCAAGCUGUGGUUACGCGAAUGGAGCCUCUACCUGACUCAAUUGGUUCCCGCCUGGCGGAGGGAUAUUGAGAAGGGACCGCGGCUAUUUGGCAUGACCAGAUAUCGCUACGAGACAGGGCUGCCGUUUUUAGAUGACGGAGUUGGUGGGUUAUUGCUUCCCCAGGUCUAUCUUGCCAAGCUUGACGCCGAAGUCGGUCCCACGGGUCGAAGCGUAGCCUUCAGCGACGACAUCAUCUUUGCUCCGACCAGCUCCGACCUUCUUCGUCUGGUUGUCCUCGCACAACCAAGCACAGAUAUACAUCAUCUUCUGAGUGUUCUGAAAGAGUUCACCGCCACCCUGGAAUCUAUCUGCCCUGGGAUCGUGCACGCAAAACCGACAGUCAUCGUGCACAGCGUGCAUCCACACGCGGCAUCUAUCCUGCCUGUUGAAGUUGGAGCGGGACUCAACACUGAGCUCUACCGUCUUGCGUCAGGAGAGGAAUUUGCGAGCGAUCCAGUACUGUGCGAAGGCAGGCCAGCACCACGUUAUUACGAGGCCGAGCGGAUGGGACGGGAGACCAAGGGUCGUAUGUUCAUACUGGUUCGGCCCGAUCGCUUUGUGUACGCUGCAAGUCGUGAUCGCGCGGAGCUGAUGGCAUUGAUACCGCGGCUGCGGUCGGAUUUUGGAGUGUGA